CAGAUUCGUCUUGCUUCCGUGAGACACGUUUGGGAUUGUGGAAAGUCCGCGGAAACAAAGCGAAUUGUUUUGCAAAAAUACCCGCGUAUCGUGUGGUGCAGAAAACUAUAAUUAACAACCAUCAUUGGAACUGCUGUGAUACUCGGCGUGCGAUCAACUCCCCGCAACUAUACAGUGGCCGAUUGAAUCAUGCCUCGAGGCAAGUACGUUAACCACAAGGGACGCAAUCGCAACUUUACGAGCCCUGAAGAGCUAGAGGCCCAGCGCAAGAAAGACGAGGAGGACAAGAAAUGGCGCAAGACCCGCGAAGCUGAAUCGAGCGACGACGAUGACGACGACGACGAGGAGGAGAACGAAGAAGGUAAUUCGGAUGAUUCCUCCGAGUCGGACGAUGAGCCCAAGGGGGCGGCACAGGCGGUCAUACAAAUCGAAAAUCCCAAUCGAGUGGCGAAGAAAAGUCACCGAAAGGUCGAGGAGGUAAAACCGGACGCGGCACCUGAGCUGACGCGCCGUGAAAAGGAAGAGCUUGAAAAGCAGCGUGCCGCUGCGGCCUAUCAGAAGCGACACGCGGAGGGAAAAACUGCACAAGCUAAAGCGGAUCUAGCGCGUCUGGCAAUCAUCAAACAGCACCGGGCGGAGGCCGCCGCAAGGCGUGAGGCUGAAAAGAAAGAUAAAGAUGCAAAGAUGAAAGCAGAUUCGUAGAGCUUAAAAUUUUGUAAAUUUACUACAUCGGUUUGUUUACUUCCCGAUCAGCUGAAAAGACUUCGAUUAUCGUACUGCUACGGUAUCUCGGGUUGAAUGUGUGUGCAAUGGCAGGUGUUUAAGAUCCCACGCAUGUUGUCCUAGGCCAUUUCAGCUAGACAAACUAGUGGAUAAGUUGAAGAGUGGUAACGUAUCACUCGGUUGAUUUUUGUUCAAACAAAGUGUUCUAUCGAUAACCUGUAAACGUAUAACUACGUAAAAUAUAAUAAAUUGGCCUCCGUCUUCAUGUACUGA